UCUUUCUCUCAUUCUCAGGCCCAGGACUCCACCGCGGCCAUCUUGAAUUCCGCAUUGCUCGUUCCUUGAGGGCAAAAGGGGAGACGAGGGGAGACAGGUUGUGGCGCGAGAGAGUGAGAAAGGAGAGCCCCUUGGGCCCGAUGGAUUGGAGAGGGACGGCGUCAGCUUGGAAGAAUGUUCUCUCUGGCAACUUACCUGGUGCUCGGGUCCCCGACAGUUAGUUGAGUCGGAUCAUUCCUCAGGAAAGGUUAUUUUAUGUUGAGGCGCAUCUCUCUCUCUCUCUAUUUUUUAAAAACAAGUUCUUCUCUCUCCACGUUUUUCACGUGUCUUUCGCGUUCAAGAGAGAGAAACAAAAAAAAAAGUUGCCCAACUAUUAUUAACCGUGCGUAAAUUUGACUCACGUGACAAUAAGUUUUUUUUAUACCUUUCCUGAAAAAAUAAAAAUCGGUUUAUAUUCUCUUAUAUGGACCAUUACCUGUGCCUUAUAUUUCAGUAUUGGAUAAAAAAAGUGCCACAAAUACAUAUAUACAAGUGUUAAAGAUUAUUUUUCUCUUUUUUUGUUACAGUUUGUUUUUUGUUUGUAACUUGGAAAAGAAGUGUGUUUGUGUUCUUCGCGAAGUGUGUUUCAAAGUGGAAUAGAAGUGGUACCCCCAAGGACUAGUAACAUCGCAAGGUGGCGAAGGGACAUUGAUCCUGACGUGCAUCAUCGACGAAUGUGAUUGGAUACAAAAUACAAUGACAUACGGUAUGAAAUUGUGAUAUAAAAAAAAUAUUUUUUAAACCCGGGCACCGAAUUAUUUCGAUUCUUUUACAUUUUUUUCGUGGGUAAGAAUAUAAAAAGCAGGAAAGAAGUGAUACCAGGGAAAAUUGUUAUCUUUCGUUACAGUGGGCGAAUCAUGUGUGAGAACAAUAGCCCUACUGUUUGAGAAGUUCGAAAAGAGACUUGAACAACAUCUUGAGCGAAGGAUUGAAGACGCUUCUCGCGAGGCGCGGCUCUCGGUCAGUGCCCCCACUCUCUCAAUAUCUCUCUGUACCCCGAGAAUUCUCGUGCCGUGUUUACUUGAAUUUUAAGAGCGAUAAAGAGUCUGGUCUCUUGCCGAUUAUCGCGAAUUCGAUCUGGUCAUUGAGGAGAGAAAAAUUUUCAAGAUGCUUCAGAAAACAUGUUCGCGUUAAAUUUAAUACAAGAAAAUUUUCAAUGAUCAACAUUUUGAGGAUGAUGAGGAGUCAAUCAAAAAUGAGAAAUAAUAGGUAGCGAUUGGGAAUUGUAGAAAAAAAAGGGGGGAUAAAGAUGCCCUUUAAAUUUGCAUUUUUGGCCCUGGUCCUGGGCCUACUCUCGACGGACCAAAAUGGCGGACGGGCUGAGAAUAACCUACCUCAAAAGGUUGCGAGAUUGGUACCACGAAGGUCGCCAAUGUUGCCCCAGGAUGGUGCUAAUAUGGGUUUGGUUAUGCAGAGUAGAGCAGUGGAUACGAGGGUUCAAUUGGAAGUAAAAGAAGGAGAACCAAAAGGUAUGUUGGUGGGUACGAUACCAGUGAAACCCGGUUUCACGUACCGUUUUAAUGAACCACCACAAGAGUUCACCUUGGAUCCAGUAACGGGCAAAAUUAAAACAGCGAUUGUAUUGGAUCGAGAAUCACUGGGUAGCGAUAGAUUUGACCUCGUUGUUCUCUCGAGUCAACCGACAUACCCCAUAGAAGUAAGGAUCCUGGUACUUGACAUCAAUGACAACAAUCCUGAAUUUCCUGAAUCGAGUAUCGCUGUAAGUUUCUCAGAAUCUGCAGCUGCUGGAACAAAGCUUUUAUUGGAUGCUGCCACGGACAAAGAUACCCCUGAGAAUGGUGUCGUUGAUGAUUAUUUUAUCGUCGACGGUAAUACAGACGGGAAGUUUCGGCUUUCUGUCACUGGAAAUCCAACUGGUGAAACGACAUAUCUUCAUUUGGAAACCACGGGAAAAUUAGAUAGAGAGCAGGUCGAAUUUUAUUCUUUGAAUGUUUGUGCUCGGGAUAGAGGACGUCCGCCGCGAUUGGGUUACCUUUUAGUGAACGUGACAGUAUUGGACGUCAAUGACAAUCCACCGGUAUUUCAACAAAGCGAUUAUGUUGUCGCAUUGAAUGAAAGUGCUCCGGUUGGAACCAAGGUGCUCACUGUACACGCCACCGACAAAGAUUCCGACGAUAAUUCGAAACUGACGUACUAUCUUCCAGAUAUGGAGAGGCAAUUUACGAUAGACCCUGAAACAGGUACAAUUACAACAGCCGAAGCCUUGAAUUGUCCUCAGCAAAGUUGUACAAUUGCUCGACCUGGUAGUGCUUGUCCUAAAAGUUGUGUUAUAACGGUUUUCGCCCGCGAUCAUGGUUCACCGAGGCAAGACGGACGAACUUACGUCACUGUGAACCUAUUAGAUGCAAACGAUCACGAUCCCGAGAUAAAAUUCAGUUAUUUUCCCGCGAUCGCGGGUAUUGCAACUGUCGAUGAAAAUGCUAUUAAAGAUUCAAUAGUGGCUGCCGUUGCAGUAAUUGACAAUGACGAGGGACUCAAUGGAGAAACAAUUGUUGACAUUCGAGCAGGAAAUGAAUUAGGCCACUUUCGUCUCGGUCAUAAUGCGCAAAAUUUUCAUAUUGUACGUGUUAAUGGCCGAUUGGAUAGGGAGGAAAUUCCAAAAUAUAACUUGACUAUUGUUGCUACUGAUAAAGGUACACCACCGCGAUCGGCAACGGCUUAUCUCGUGAUCCACGUUAACGACGUCAACGAUCACGAACCGGUAUUUCAACAAAGUGAAUAUUCAGCAGUGUUAUCAGAACUAUCUCCCAUUGGCAGUUUUGUGGCAAGUAUUUCCGCAACCGAUGCCGAUUCCGGGCUCAAUGCAAGAAUCUAUUACGACUUCGACUCAGGUAACGAACAAGGCUGGUUUGCCAUUGAUCAAGAUACUGGUUUGGUCACUACGAUCGCGACUUUAGAUAGAGAAAUACAAGGUAGUGUUGAAUUACGCGUUUCCGCUCGAGAUGGUGGUCCAAAUCCCAAAUAUGUUUCAACGCAUUUACGAGUUACGAUUUUAGACGAGAAUGACGAAGCACCAAAAUUCUCGCAAAGUAUCGUCGAAGUACAUCUUUCGGAAAAUAUACCAUCGCACAGUUUAGUCGCUACUUUAUCGGCAGUCGAUAACGAUCAAGGAACUAAUGGAAGUGUAGCUUAUAGUCUUCAUCCAAGCAUAUUGAUAGAACAUCCAAAGACAUUUGCCUUGGACGCAUUAACAGGCCAGUUGACAACAAAAACCAAUUUAGAUCGUGAAAUAACGUCGAAUUAUAAAAUUUUAGUUAUUGCAAAAGAUCAGGGUAAUCCACCGCAAUCAUCGACAGCAACGGUGCUUUUAACUUUAGAUGACGUCAAUGACAAUGCACCCGUUUUCUAUCCGCGAACUUAUCUGAUGCCAGUGCCAGAAGAUGCUUUACCAGGAACUUCUAUUGGAAAAGUAAUGGCAACCGAUGCAGAUACAAGAGAAAAUGCACAAAUAAAAUACACAUUAGAAUCCGGUGGUGAGGGACUUUUUGUUAUUGAUGAAAGAACAGGUGAAAUUAUUUUACAAGGAUCAUUGAGAGCUGCUCACAAAAUUCUCUACGAAUUAACGAUAUCGGCAAGUGAUUCUGGAGAUAAAACCGCAGCCAAAAAUGCGGUUGUCGAGAUCCUAAGGGAAGAAGAUCUCGAGCAUUUGGAAUUUGAUACUUACAACGGCUAUGAGUUUCGUAUAACCGAGGACAGAGGUGAAUGCAAUGAAUUAUCGUCGAAUUUCGGCAGAGAAGUGGGAAAUAUUCAAAUAGCACAGUACAGUAAUUCGAAAGUAUCUUAUUCUAUAAUAUUUGGUGAUUCGAAGGGAAAUUUUAAAAUUGAUGAAAAUUCAGGUGUAAUUACAACAGCUGGUUGUCUCGAUCGUGAACAAGUGGCUUAUUACAGUUUGCAGGUUGCUGCUCGAGCAGGAUUAGCACAUGGUAUAACAGCUGUUAAUAUAACUGUUCUUGAUAUCAAUGAUAAUUCUCCGAAAUUUCCCAAAGGCGAUAGAGAUGAAGUUUUUCUUAAAGAAAAUGCGGCAGUCGGACAAGAAAUAUGUUUAGCAAGGGCGAAGGAUCGUGAUGCAGGAGCAAAUGCGCGUGUCACAUAUUCCUUGACAUACAAUCCUGGAGACCAAUUUCGAGUUGCUGAAAAUACUGGAAUAAUUUAUUUGGACAGACCUGUGAGGUCUCCUCCGGGUACGGUAUUACAGUUAGAAGUAACAGCAAUGGAUUCUGGAAAUCCACCCCUUUCUGCCCAGCAGCAGGUGCGAGUUACUAUCGAGGAUGUUAAUGAUCAUACACCGGUUUUCAAGUUGACGAGUUACGAAACUUCUUUACCCGAAUCUACACCAGUGAACGAACGAUUUUUUGCACUUGUUGCAUCGGAUGUUGAUCUUGGUUCAAAUGGAAGAGUUUUGUAUCGUGUGACUGAUGGUAAUACAGAGGGACGCUUUGGAAUAUUUCCCGAUGGUCAACUUUAUGUAAAAAAUGCCCUAGAUAGAGAGGAGCAGGAUUAUUAUGCUCUUGAAGUAACGGCCAGUGAUCAAGGUAAUCCAAGUAGAAGUUCAAUUGUUCCGGUUGUUGUGCAUAUUAUCGAUGAGAACGACAAUGCUCCACAAUUUAUAAAUUCUAAUUUCACGUUUCAACUACGGGAAAAUGAACCACCUGAUACGUUUGUUGGUAAAUUACAGGCAACAGAUCGUGACGUUGGACGAAAUGCAGAUUUAACAUUUUCUCUUCCAGCAACUCAACAGGAUUUUACUGUUGAUCCAAGAAAUGGUUUCAUUAAAUCUUUGCAUGUUUUUGAUCGUGAGCAAUUGGUUGCCAAUACUGGUGGUAGUUACAUCACCCUCGAGGCUACUGUUACCGACAAUGGACUAAAUCGUCUAAGAGACAGGGUUAAGGUCACCGUAUACAUUACCGACGUUAAUGACAAUACACCCAAGUUUCUGAGGUUGCCCUACCGGGUUCAAGUGAGUGAAGGUGCGGCCAUAGGAAUGCAACUAUUACGAGUCUACACAUCGGAUGCGGAUGAGAGUUUAAACGGUGAUGUAUUUUACUCAUUGGAGGACGGUAAUCAACAGGGUCGUUUUAUGAUCGACGAAGCGACAGGACAAAUUUCUUUAGCCAAGUCCCUUGAUCGAGAGACCCUGGACGUGUAUCAUCUUACAGUAGUGGCUCACGAUGCAAGUAUGGAAAAGAGACUUUCCUCGAGUGCUUUAGUGCAGGUCGAAGUUCUCGACGAAAAUGACAAUACACCAAUCUUUGUGGACAAUAAAUCAGAGAUAUCGGUACCAGAGACAACGCCUAUUAAUACUGAGUUUUUAAGAUUUAAAGCGACUGAUAGUGAUUUAGGGCCAAAUAGUGAAUUAACAUUUGCCAUAACUGCGGGUAAUAGAAAGGAUACUUUUCAAAUUGAUCCCAUGACAGGCGCACUUUAUUUGAGAAAGCCAUUGGAUUAUGAAGAUCUGGUGAGUUAUACUUUGAAUAUUACAUGCAGUGAUGCUGGACAUCCGAGAUUAAGUAGUGUAACGACGUUGCGGGUAAAUGUUAUCGAUACAAACGACAAUCCACCGGCUUUUCCAAAUACUGCAAUCGUACGUCAGAUACAUGAGGGAGUUGCCGUUCACGGUCCAAUACAUACAGUAACAGCUGAGGAUCCCGAUUCUGGAGAAAACGGUAUCGUUAGUUACGCAAUUGCCUAUCAAGAACCCGAGGAUCAAAAACGUCGUUUUGGUAUUAAUCCCUCGACAGGUGUUAUUCAUACACUCUUGCCAAUUGAUAGAGAAGAAAUUGAUACAUUUAAAUUGACAGUUGUUGCAACUGAUAGAGCACAACCACCAUCGGCGAGAUUGUCUGCGGAAAAAUUGGUGAUUGUAAUUGUUCUCGAUGUUAAUGAUAAUGCACCGAUAUUUGUCAGUAUGUCAGCUGCAUUGUUGCCUUUGAAAGGUGGUUUAAAUUAUAAACCAGGGAAAGAAAUUCCUGUUGCACAUUUACAUGCCAAGGAUUUGGAUUCAAGUACAAAUGGAUUGGUCACUUAUGAGUUACUUAGAUCGGGAGUGAAUUAUUCCGAUAUGUUUAGAAUUCAUCGAAGUUCGGGUUUAUUGACAAUGAAAUUGCCAAAUUCUUUGAAGAAUUUCGAACGAGUUUCGAGGUAUCAGGUUGGUGUGCGCGCGACUGAUGAAUCAGUUCAAGCUGAAAGAAGAUCUUCUGAAACGUACAUAACUUUGAUUGUACCGGGUGAGAAUGAUGACCCACCAGUUUGGGAGCAUAACAGUCAAAUGGAGGGUAGUGUUUAUGAAAAUGAAGCGGCGGGUGCGAGUAUUUUACGUGUGAGUGCGCGAACCAGAAGAUCGAAUGUCGAAUUAGAGUAUUACGUGACGAAUGUGACUGCCGGCAGUGGUGGACCUCAGGUAGAAAGAUUGUUCGACGUGGAUACAAAAACAGGUGUUCUAUCAACAGCAGCGGUUCUUGACAGAGAGGCUGGAGUCCAAUGGUACGAGGUCGAAGUUUACGCUAUCGUGAUUGGAGGCAGCAGACCCAACAUCGCUUCAACCAAGGUGCGUGUAACAGUACUGGACAAGAAUGAUGUGGCACCAACUUGGGGUACAGAGCCUUGGAAAUUUGAAGUUUCUGAAGAAGCACCGCCAAAUACAAUUGUCACUGUGUUAAAAGCUCAUGAUCCCGAUUCAAUUGGAACAUUGACUUACACUUUGGUAUCAAAUCCAAAAAAUGAAAAUACAGAAAAUGAUAAUUUAUUGCAAAAUACACCGUUUAAACUCGAUCCAACAACUGGUCAACUUCGUUUGGCGGAAGCAUUGGAUAGAGAAACAAAAGAUAAAUAUGUUCUUCGAGCUCGCGCUGACGAUGGAGUACAACACACCGAUAUCACCUUAACAAUUGUGGUAACUGACACAAAUGACAAUGCACCGGUAUUUCAAGCAAUGGCCUAUUCUUUUGAUGUACCGGAAAAUAUGCCAAGAGGAAGUCGCGUUGGUCAAGUGAUUGCAACGGACGCUGAUGCCGAUGGUUUGAACAGUCAAUUAAGUUACGCCUUGAUUUCCGAUUGGGCUAACGACGUGUUCUCCCUGAAUCCAAACACCGGAGUAUUCACGCUUACAGCAAGUCUCGACUACGAACAGGUUCAGCAUUACAUUCUUGUUGUCCAAGCAACGGAUGGUGGAAUUCCUGCUUUGUCAUCCACAGUCACGGUCUACUGUAACGUUGUCGAUCUCAACGACAAUGCACCAAUUUUUGAACCAGGACCCUAUGCCACUGAAGUUUUGGAGAAUGCCACAAUUGGUACAGCGGUAUUAUCAGCUACUGCUCAAGAUAUGGAUUCAUUGGACAAUGGUAAAGUUGCCUAUGCAAUUGUCAGUGGCGAUGAGAACAAUGAUUUUGAUAUUGCACCAAACGGAACUGUCUUUACGAAAAAAUUACUCGAUCGUGAGAAAAAAUCUCUCUACAGUUUAAUAUUGAGAGCCAAUGAUAGUCCACAGUAUCCUGCUCGUGCUCUCUCAUCAACUGUGCAGGUGACAAUCGUUCUUCUGGAUGUAAAUGACCUUGCACCGGAAUUUAUAUCACCGAAUCAGACAAUAAUAAUUGAGAAUGCACCCUCAAAUACGGUGGUGAUGGCAAUUAAGGCCGUUGAUCGCGACGAAGGACGAAAUGGUUAUGUCGAAUAUUCUUUGGAUGAAAAUGGAUUUCCAUUCACUUUGGGAACAGUUGAUGGAUUAUUGCGAGUUUCCGGUUCAUUGGACAGGGAACAGAGGCCAAAUUAUACGCUACAAGUGUCUGCUCGUGAUCGAGGCGAUCCACCAAGAUCAUCUUCAACAAAAGUCACCGUAGUUGUUCUUGACGAAAAUGAUAAUUCACCGAUUUUUGAUCCACGACAAUAUUCAGCUACCGUUGCUGAAAAUGCAAGCAUUGGUGCCAGCGUUCUUCAGGUUUCAGCAACAGACCGUGAUGAAGGUGCAAAUGGAAGAGUUCGCUAUAGUAUCGUACUUGGCGAUGACAACCGUGAUUUUACAAUCUCAGAAGACGGUGGAGUGAUUCGUGUAGCGAAAAAUUUAAAUUUCGAACGAAAGUCUAGAUAUCGUCUUACAGUGCGAGCUGAAGAUUGCGCACCGGAAAUUGGAGGAGUUUCACGUGACGAUACAUCUGAAGUUAUUAUCACUGUUUUGGAUAUUAAUGACAAUGCGCCUGUUUUUCUCGAUUCUCCCUAUUUGGCUCAUGUUAUGGAGAAUUUGGUACCACCCGGCGGAGGAUUUGUGAUCCAGGUUCAAGCCUACGAUGCCGAUACACCGCCAUACAAUGAUCAAGUUCGCUAUUUUUUGAAAGAAGGUGACACCGAUCUUUUUAGAAUCAAUGCCAGCACUGGAGAUAUUUUUCUACUUCGACCAUUGGACAGGGAAUUAGUGUCAGAAUAUACCUUGACCCUCGUCGCAAUGGAUACCGGUUCACCUCCUUUGACUGGUACCGGAAUUGUUAGAAUUGUCGUUCUUGAUGUUAACGAUCACAGUCCGGAAUUUGCACGACAGGAAUAUAAAGCCUCAGUCACUGAGAAUUCACAAAUUGGUACUUGGGUCGCUAAUCCUGUUGCUACCGAUAAAGACGAGGGACUCAAUGCUAAAAUAAGAUACAGUCUGUUGGGGGACAAGGCGGAAAAAUUCUCAGUGAAUCCUGGUACAGGAGAGAUAGUCACAGUGGAACCUCUCGACAGGGAACAGACAGCCGUUUACCACUUGACGUUGGUGGCUCAAGACUCCAGUCCAACGGAACCAAGUGCAUCUGCUGUCAAUCUGACAAUUUCUGUUACAGACUUAAACGACAAUGCACCUCGAUUUUCCAGCCCGAGAUACACUGCCUAUGUACCGGAAGGCACUAAGCAUGGCGACUUUGUCUUUGGAGCAAAAGCAAUUGACGAUGACGAUGGUGAAAAUUCGAGAAUUGUUUAUCGUCUCCAAGGUGAAGAUGCAAAACGUUUUAUUAUUGAUCCAAAUAACGGAGUUAUUAGAGCAAGUCAAGAAUUAUCGAGAAGCGAAGGGACAUAUCAGCUGCAAAUUCAAGCUUCCGAUUGUGGUACAGAACCACAAAGUGUUACAGCCGAUUUAAUGAUUCAUUUGUGGGAUAAACAAUUAUUUCCAAGUUUUCGUUCUUCAAUUAAUACGAGAUUUACUUUACCCGAAGAUGUGCCUGAAGGAAGAAUUAUCACAACACUUAGCGCAACAACUCCAACUUCCGGCGCUGGGAGUAAUUUAAUUUUUGGCAUGGCCGGAGGAAACGUUGGCGACGCUCUUAAAAUCGAACCGCACACGGGAGAAAUUUUGGUUGCUUCUGGUUUUGAUUAUGAAACUGCUCCAUAUUACGAGGCAUGGGUUGAAGUUCGUGAUUCUGGAAAUCCACCAUUGCGAAGUGUUGUUCAAUUAUUAGUGAAUGUAACGGAUGCCAAUGAUAAUGCGCCAGUAAUUGAUUCUAUGCUUUAUAAUGCGACAGUACCUGAAGAUGAUUAUCCACCACAAUUUGUAACUAAAAUCUCGGCCAAGGAUUCUGAUUCUGGUGAAAAUGGACAAAUUACUUAUCAUUUAGUCAAUGAUUUUGAUGGGACAUUUGUUAUUGAUGAGAAUACAGGAGAAAUUACAACAGACACCAAACUUGAUCGAGAAGAGAUAUCGUCUUAUGAACUAAUUGUUGAAGCCAGAGAUCAAGGUGAACCGAGAUUGACCGGCACAGCAACGGUUCUUAUUACAGUUCUUGAUAAAAAUGACAAUCCUCCUCGAUUUACAAGAUUAUUUAGCGUCAAUGUCACUGAAAAUGCUGAAAUAGGAUCUUUUGUAAUUAAAAUUACAAGCAGUGAUCAGGACAUUGAUCAAAAUGCAAAUGUCACUUAUAGCUUCACGGAAAAUCCAGGAGAAAAAUUUUCUAUCGAUCCAUUGAGUGGAAACGUUACAGUCAUUGGACAUUUGGAUAGAGAAGAACAAGAUGAAUAUCUUCUCAAGGUUGCUGCUGCCGACGGUGCUUGGGGUGCAGAAACACCGCUAACAAUCACAAUUCAAGAUCAAAAUGACAAUGCACCGGAAUUUGUUGAAGAAUCCUAUCAUUUUCACUUUCCUGAAUUGCAACAAAAAAUGGCUCACGUUGGCGAGGUGACAGCAACCGAUCGUGACAAACAAGGACCAAAUUCCGUUAUAUCGUACAGUCUUCUUCAACCUUCGGAUCUUUUUACCGUUGAUCCGGCAACUGGUGAUAUUUUCAGUAAGAGAACAUUAAAAUACAAACACACUCACAGACCAUCAUCGCCGGAAAAUCUUUACUCUCUAACUGUCGUUGCAACGGACAAUGGAAAACCUCCAAUGUCUUCUAAAACACUAGUCUAUAUAAAUAUCGUCGAUGCAAACAAUAAUCCACCAAAGUUUGAACAACGUUCAUAUCUAUCGCCAGUGCCUGAAGAUUUCUUCAUGGGCAAACAAUUAAUGCAAUUGAAAGCCACUGAUGAGACUGAUUUUGGAGUCAAUGCUGAAAUUGAAUACUCCAUUGCCACUGGAAAUGGAAGUGAAUAUUUUGAAAUUGAUCAAAAAUCAGGAUGGAUUUAUGUGACGAAAUCAUUGAGUAAUCUUAAACCGGGUACUAGUUUUGUUUUACAAGCACAGGCGGUGGACAGAGGUGUACCUCCACAAAGAGAUCAAGUGCCAUUGACAUUGGUAAUAACUGGUGAAAAUCGUCACGCUCCCACUUUCGCUGCUGUUAGUUAUCAAGUUCGUGUACCAGAAAAUGAACCAGUGAAUACGACAAUUUUGACAGUGAGUGCCGUUGACGGUGACGCUGGACCCAAUGGAAUGGUACGUUACAAAAUAUCAGCUGGAAAUGAACGUCAAGAAUUUUCCAUUAAUCCAAUUACUGGUGUUGUGACACUUUUGGAACCAUUGGACUACGAUACUGUUCAAGAAUAUCGUCUCAACAUCACGGCAAGUGAUUUGGCAUUCAAAUCAAAACAUGCGAUCGCAACCCUAACGAUAAAUGUCUCUGAUAUUAAUGACAAUCAUCCGACAUUCAAUCAAAGUCUCUACAAAGCUUAUCUUCCAGAAAAUUCACCACCAAAUAAUUUUGUCUAUAAAGUCGUUGCAAGGGAUAUUGAUUCACCAAAGUAUUCAAUAAUUCAAUAUAAAAUUCUCGGCGGUAGUGGUAAAGAUUAUUUUCAAAUUCAACAAGACACGGGAACAAUUACAGCUAAAGUUAGUUUUGAUUACGAAGAAGCUAAUGAAUAUACAUUGGAUAUUGUCGCAACAAAUCCUGACACAAGUCCACAAAUGGUUGGCGUUACAACUGUUUUGAUUUAUAUUACCGGUGUCAAUGAAUUUUAUCCGAAAUUUGUUCAACCUGUUUUUCAUAUGGAUGUCUCGGAAAGUGCACAAGUUGGAACAUCGGUGGGACUUGUUCAAGCGACCGAUCAAGACGCUGGUAACGAUGGAAGGGUUUAUUAUCUAUUUGUUGGCUCCUCGAAUGAUAAGGGAUUUACUAUUGGUUCAGAAACGGGAAUGAUUAGUGUUUCAAGAAGAUUGGAUAGAGAGACACAAAAUCGUGUUGUAUUGACAGUAAUGGCAAAAAAUGCAGGCGGAAUUCGUGGCAAUGAUACAGACGAAGCGCAAGUUGUUAUUUCAAUUCAAGACGGUAAUGAUCCACCGGAAUUUUUGCAAAAUAUUUACGAUGCAAAUGUAUCUGAGGGCGCAGCAUUGGGAAUGAGAGUAUUGACAGUACGCGCUGUCGACAAGGACGUCAGGCCGCAGAAUAAUCAAUUUUCCUAUUCAAUCAUUGGCGGUAACGUGGGCCAAGCAUUCAAGGUCGAUCCGCAAACUGGCGACAUCGAGACGGCGAAACAACUAGACCGUGAAACUGUGCCCACGUAUGAGCUGAUAAUCGGCGCCAUAGACACGGGAUCACCGCCUCAAACCGGCACCGCAACAGUUCGUAUCGAAUUGUUGGAUAUUAAUGAUAAUGGACCGGAUUUUGCUUCAAGCGAAGUUGUUGGUUACGUUAGUGAAAAUGAACCGGCUGGUACGAUUAUUAUGACAUUGACGGCUACAGAUCCUGAUUUACCACCAAAUGGCGCUCCAUUUUCCUACAAAUUGAUUGGAGGACGACAGAAUGAUUUAGUUAGUUUAGAUAAACAUUCCGGCGUUUUGCGAACAACCAAAAGUUUGGAUAGAGAAACAACUCAACAACUUGAUCUUGUGGUCGAAGUGGAAGAUUCAGGUUUACCAAGAAUGAAAAAUGAGCAUUCAAUAUCGAUAAUUGUUCAAGAUCAAAAUGAUUGUCCUUCAACGCCUAGAUCAGUUCAUGUGAUUGUACAUUCUUACAAUGGUUUGAGUCCAUUGGGAAAAAUUGCCGACGUACAUCCAAAUGAUCCCGAUACAACUGGCGACUACUCUUGCAAAAUAUUGCACGGUUCGAGCUCCGGUGUACUGAACAUACCGGUCGGUUGCGAUUUGCAUACCAGCAAAAUUACGCCAGGUUUUGGUUAUUCGUUAAGUAUUUCUGGAAAUGAUGGCCGACAUCCAGAUGUAAUAUCAAAAGUGACGGUGGAUUUUACAACGUUUACAAAUAUCACUGUUGAAAAUAGCGUGGCUUUACAAAUUUCCAAACUUUCUGCCAGUGAAUUUUUGAGUAAACACUAUCGUGCCUUUCGCGAUACACUUCAGGAGAGCGUGAAUGUUGGAGAUACUAUUUCAAUUUACAGUAUUAAUGAAAAUAAAGGAAAUUUAGAUGUUUAUUUGGCAAUAGCAACACCGCAAGGUUAUCUUCGUAAAUAUCAAGUUAUUGAAUUGUUAACACGCAAACAUAAUCAAAUUCAAAGUUUAUUGGAAAAUAAUUCAAUUACCAUUGGUUAUUCACCUUGUAAAUUUUCAUCAUGUGACAAUGGAGGCAUAUGUAGUGAUCAAAUUGUUGUUUAUGAAGACGCAAGAAUUACCGAUAGUCAAACAUUAAUUUUAACAUCGCCAAAAAUAAUACAAGAAAUGGUUUGCCAAUGUCGUGAUGGUUUCACCGGCGAAAGAUGCGAAAAGAAACAAGAUCCAUGUUCACCAAAUCCAUGUCAGUUGGGUGGUCAGUGUCGUCGAUUGGGAUACGAUUUUCACUGUACGUGUCCUUUGGAUCGAGAAGGAAAGUUCUGUGAAUUGGAGAGGGGAGAUUUUUGUGCAAGUAAUCCUUGUAGAAACGGUGGAUCUUGUAAAGAAAGUCCCGACGGUUCAAGUUUCUUCUGUCUCUGUAGAGCCGGAUAUAGAGGAAAUCAUUGUGAAUCCAUCGCUGAUUCAUGUAGACCAAAUCCUUGUCUGCAUGGAGGCCUUUGCGUUGGAGAGAAACCUGGAUAUCGAUGCAGUUGUCCUGAUGGACGUUAUGGAAGACAUUGUGAAAAAUCAACCUUUGGAUUCGAGGAACUCUCUUAUAUGUCAUUCCCAGCAUUGGAUUCCAAUACAAACGAUAUAACAAUUGUUUUUGCAACAACUAAACCCGACGCUUUAUUGUUGUACAAUUAUGGACCGCAAAGUGCAGGACGUUCGGAUUUUGUUGUUUUGGAAUUGAUUAACGGCAGAGUUGUCUUUUCCUAUGGAGGUGCGAGAAGUGCAAUUACUUCAAUUUCAAUAAAAAAUGGAAAAUCAUUAGCCGAUGGAGGAUGGAGGAAAAUUACAGCAACAAGAAAUGGAAGAGUUGUCUCGCUAAGUGUCUCGAAAUGUAAAGAACAUGGGGAUGUUUGUGACGAUUGUAAACCCGGUGAUGGAAUGUGUUAUGCCGAUGAUAUUGGACCAACUGGAACAUUGAAUUUUAACAACAAUCCUUUGAUGCUCGGUGGAUUGGCAAGUGUCGAUCCUCUUUUAGAAAGACCUGGUCAAGUUCAUUCGGAUGAUUUGGUUGGUUGUAUACACUCUGUGUCAAUAAAUGGAAGAUCAUUGAAUCUUACAAAUCCAUUAUCAUCGCGAGGUGUUAAAUCAACAUGUGGAAGAUCUGAACGUAGUCCUUGUGCAACGAAUAAACAGGAUUUCAAUACAAUUUGUGGUUCGGGAAAAUGUUACGAUAAAUGGCAUCAAGUUUCUUGUCAGUGUGGAAGCAUCACGGCUCCUAAUUGUCAUGGAGCUUUGGAGCCGGUCAAUUUGAGUGAAGGAGGCUAUAUUGAAUUUAAAAUUUCGGAGAGGCAUCGUAGAAUGCAACUUUUGGAAUAUUUAUACGGUGGUUCUACUUUAUGGCACAAUCAUCGGAUAACAAGAUCAACGAGUGGAGAUUCCUUUUUCAUUUCUAAUCCACCUCCCGCUAAAACAAUUAGUUUGAUGUUCAGAACUGUGAAACCAGACGGAGUUUUAAUUUACGCUGCCACUAAUAAACACUUUACUUCCGUUGAGUUAAGUAACGGGCAUAUAAUAUACGCAUCUAUGAUUGGAUCCCCUGUGAAUAUGACAGGAACAACCGAAGGCAGUUUGGCAGAUGGUCGAUGGCACAAUUUAACACUCCACGCCCAUUCGAGAGGUUUGAAACUCUUCAUUGAUGGAAAUCUAGCAGGCGACGAAUUAGAUUCAGCGGGUGUUCACGAUUUUUUGGAUCCGUAUUUGUCAAUUCUUACAAUUGGAGGAAUUAGAAGAGAUCUCUAUUACGUUCACAAUAAUCAGGGACCAAAUAGUUUUGAAGGUUGUCUAUCAAAUUUUACAAUCAAUGGAGAACUUCAACCAUUCAAUGGUUCAGGAUCAAUUCUAACCGAUGUUAUCUAUCAUGGAAAAGUUGGACUCGGCUGCAGAGGACCAAUAGGAAUCUCCGCGGCCGCUGCUGCAGAUCCUCUCAGCAUUGGAAUAACUCUAGUGAUUGUUUUCUUUAUCACACUUCUUGUUGCCAUCAUGGUCAGUUUUGUUGUCUUUCGACUUAGACGACAAAGUAAAGAAAAAUCAGCAACAACUGUUGUAAAUAAAAGUACAAAUGCAAUAAUCACUGGAAAUUCAUUGGUGUCUCCAGGUGACAAUCUCCUGUCACGUCAUGAAAACACCUACAUAUCUGAUUCCUCGGAUUUACGAGGUCACAUUGGUCCUGAACUUAUAUCGAAAAAAUACAAAGAACGAGAGAUCAACGGCACCGAGCAUCGUCCACAACGACCGGAUAUUAUCGAGAGAGAAGUUACCAAAUCACCACCAAUUCGUGAUGAUCAUCCUCCACUUCCUCCACCGACUCAAAAUUCCCUACACUCCCACGAACACAAUCCCGAACCCGAUAUGCCGGAACAUUAUGAUCUCGAGAAUGCAAGUUCCAUCGCUCCGAGUGACAUUGACAUUGUCUAUCAUUAUCAAGGUUAUCGAGCCGGAAUGAGAAAAUACAAGGCAACGUCGCCUCCGAUUGGAAGCUAUGCGAAUCAUCACAAACACACUGGACAACAACAUCGUCACACGGCGCCAUUUCCACCAAGAGCAAUGCCACCUCCAACUGUGGGUCAACCUCCAGGAUCGGCUCAAAAAUUACAUCAAAGUACACCAUUGGCGCGACUUUCGCCCAGCAGUGAAUUAUCAGCUCAACAACCGAGAAUCUUAACUCUUCAUGACAUUAGUGGAAAACCCCUGCAAACAGCACUGUUGGCAACGACUUCCUCAUCGGGCGGCGUUGGAAAAGACGUUCUAAAUUCCAACAGUGAAAGAAGUCUCAAUUCACCAAUUAUGAGUCAACUUUCGGGUUCAACGGCAAGUCGAAAAGUUCCACAAUCAAAUGAAACAGUGAACAAUGUAUCAUCGGGACCAAUGGGCCUCACCGCUGAAGAAAUUGAGAGACUAAAUUCAAGACCAAGAACAUCGAGUUUAGUCUCAACAUUGGAUGCCGUGAGUUCGUCGAGUGAAGCGAGAGGACCACCAACGCAUGGACCACUUCAUUUACACAGAAGGCACACACCGCCACCUGAAAGACUGAAAAGAAGGAAUUCAUCAACUACAGACGAGAGUGGUAACGAUAGCUUCACAUGUUCGGAAAUUGAGUACGAUAAUAAUUCUUUAGUUGAAGAUAAACGAUCUGAUGACUUAUUUAGUAAACCCGAAGAUGAGGUACUUCCCGAUAGAACAACCGAGUCUUCACCAUCGACGAAACCACCUCUACCGCCAAAUAUCAACUACGAUGGAUUCGACAGCUCGUUUCGUGGUUCGCUGAGUACAUUGGUUGCGUCUGACGAUGAUCUUUCAACUCACAUGGGUGGACUUUACAGGCCAACAACAAAUGGUUCACCAUCAACCAACACGGCUCUCAGUUGGGAUUAUCUCUUAAAUUGGGGACCAAAUUUUGAGAGUUUGGUCGGUGUAUUUAUUGACAUUGCUGAAUUACCCGACAGUACCAACAGAGUUCAAAGUACUCUUAGAUUACCAGCAAAUAUUCCUAAACCGUCUGAAGAGUACGUUUGAGAAAGGUACUACAAAUUUUUUUUCUUUUUUAUUAUUUCUGAUGCCAGACAUGACUGAGAUUAUUUAAAAACUUUAUUCUUGCCAUACAAUGUUCUCUAAAUGUAAAAAAAAAAUUGCAUGAAUCGAGAAUUAGUUAUACAAAAAAGAAAAUUAGAGCUUAAAAAGCUAUUUUUUUAAAAUAUCCUGACAUCUUGUAUCAGGAUGUCAGUGAGUUUGUACAGUUAAUAGUGAAAAAUUUCCUAUAUAUAUAUAUAUAUUAAUUAAUAUUAAGACUGUAUUAUAAAAAAAAACUAAAUUAUGGUGCAAUGUCUUGUAAUUUUAUUACAACUCUCAGAAAAUAAUUUUGCUAGAAAGUACAAGCUAGGUUUUUCUAAUAGUUCAAUUACUUUUUUGUAACUGUACUCAAAAAUUGUAGAUUAAUACAAUUUUUUUUGUAUAUUCCCCCUCGCCCCCCACAAUGUCAGUGUAAUAUUUUUGUAUAUUUUUAAUAUUAUUUAAAUUACUAAGAAAUGUUUUUUUUUCAUUCUACUUUACAUUUCUAGCCAUAAUUAUAAAUUGGAGCAAUCCUCAACAUCUCUAGACUGACUAUACCAUAGUCUUUACGAUAUGCCAUGAAUUUAUUUUUUUAUGUUCAUUGCCCUAUAAUAUAAAAUCGUCAAGUACUAUGUGUAAAAUAGAUUUCGAUUUUGUAAAUAUUGAACUGUACAAAGAAAAAGUCUGAAUCGAGAAAAUGUAUCGAAAGAAUGUAUACGUGUGUUAAUUUACAAUAUUUGUAAUAAAUAUGAAAA